UCCUGCCUGUUCCAUUCAUCCAUCCAUCCAGCUCCUACUUCACUAGUCCACACAGGCAAGUGGAGAAGAGGUUCUUCAGGCAUGGCAGCUCCGAGAGCACUUGUGCUCGGCUUUUGCGCCCUCCUGCUGGCGAUCGCCGUCGCCAAUGCCGAGGCGGGGUCCGUCGUCGUUGGUCUGGCCAAGUGCGCCGACUGCACUAGGAAGAACAUGAAGGCCGAGGAAGCUUUCAAGGGCCUCCAGGUGGCGAUCAAGUGCAAGAACAUCCACGGCGAGUACGAGAGCAAGGCGGUGGGCGGCCUAGACGGUUCCGGCGCCUUCAGCGUGCCUCUCGCCGCCGACCUCCACGGCGCCGACUGCCUCGCGCAGCUCCACAAUGCUGCCUCCAACGCUCCGUGCCCUGGCCAGGAGCCGUCCAAGGUCGUCCCUGUCUCCGAGGGCACCACCUACGGUGUCGUCGCCGGCGUCAAGACUACCACAGCGUCGCCAGAGUGUGCGUCCGUGACUUUGUGCGGGCCAAUCAAGAAGCAUUUCCUGGAGCACUUCCACCACAAGAAGCCCGUGCCGCCCAAGCCAGAGCCCAAGCCGCAGCCCCAUCCAGACUAUCACCCCAUACCGCCCAAGCCAGAGCCCAAGCCACAGCCCCACCCAGACUAUCACCCUGUCCCUCCCACUCCCACUUAUGGCGGUGGAGGUGGACACCCCUCCGCUCCGAUCUACCACGCGGAGUCUAAGACCAUGUUGGGUCCGAUCAAGAAGCACAUCAUUGAUCACUUCCACCACAAGAAGCCCGUGCCGCCAAAGCCGGAGCCCAAGCCCCAGCCCCAGCCCCACCCCGACUACCACCCCGUUCCUCCCACCCCCACCUACGGCGGAGGAGGUGGACACCCUUCGGCUCCGAUCUACCAUGCGGAGCCAUCGCAGACCAUGUUGGGGCCGAUCAAGAAGCACAUCCUUGACCACUUCCACCACAAGAAGCCUGUGCCGCCAAAGCCAGAGCCCAAGCCACAACCUCACCCGGACUACCACCCCGUCCCUCCCACCCCAACCUACGGCGGAGGAGGUGGACACCCCUCCGCUCCGAUCUACCACGCAGAGCCGUCAAACACCAUGCUAGGACCGAUCAAGAAGCACAUCCUUGACCACUUCCACCACAAGAAGCCUGUGCCGCCAAAGCCGGAGCCCAAGCCACAGCCUCAUCCGGACUACCACCCCGUCCCUCCCACCCCCACCUACGGAGGAGGAGGUGGACAUCCCUCCACUCCGAUCUACCACGCAGAAUCAAAGACCAUGUUGGGCCCAAUCAAAAAGCACAUCCUUGAUCACUUCCACCACAAGAAGCCCGUGCCACCAAAGCCAGAGCCCAAGCCACAGCCUCAUCCGGACUACCACCCCGUCCCUCCCACCCCCACCUACGGAGGAGGAGGUGGACAUCCCUCCACUCCGAUCUACCACGCAGAAUCAAAGACCAUGUUGGGCCCAAUCAAAAAGCACAUCCUUGACCACUUCCACCACAAGAAGCCCGUGCCACCAAAGCCAGAGCCCAAGCCACAGCCUCAUCCGGACUACCACCCCGUGCCUCCCACCCCCACCUACGGAGGAGGAGGUGGACACCCUUCCACUCCGAUCUACCACGCAGAAUCAAAGACCAUGUUAGGACCGAUCAAGAAGCACAUCCUAGAACACUUCCACCACAAAAAGCCCGUGCCGCCCAAGCCAGAGCCCAAGCCGCAACCCCACCCCGACUAUCACCCCGUUCCUCCCACCCCGACCUAUGGCAGCGGAGGUGGACACCCCUCGACCCCGAUCUACCACCCUCCUUCCCAGCACUGAAAUCUAUAUGGUUUCAUGUUCAGAUCAGUGAGUGAUCGACGCCGUUGCUAUUUAUGAUCUGUUGGAUGCACGGUGGGUUUUGGUAUUUCUACAGUUCUCUGCCCCCUUUUCUUAAGUAUCCCCAGAACCCAGAGUUCAAAAUAACAGUUAUGAAGGAUAGAUGGGUUUCAAGCAAUUGUACGGGUAAUGUGUGUUUCUUUGCCAAGGCUUGUAAUAUCGGUGUGUUUUUUUUUGGAAAUAUGAAUGAAUUUAUUUAAUUGGGUCUAA